AUGUCAGACACGGAGGAGGUCACCGAGGAGUAUGAGCAGGAGCAGGAAGAGGAGUGCGUGGAGGAAGAAGAGGAAGAAUGGAUAGAGGAAGACGACGGUCAGGAAGAGCAGGUAGAGGAGGCAGAGGAGGAGACCACAGAAGCCAAGGCAGAAGAACAAGAAGAUGAAACAAAAGCAGCAGGAGAAGAUGGAGAGGGAGACCGGGAGCAGGAACCCGGGGAAGGUGAAUCGAAGCCAAAACCCAAGGUCUUCAUGCCCAACCUGGUGCCUCCCAAGAUCCCAGAUGGCGAGAGACUGGAUUUUGAUGACAUUCACCGCAAGCGCAUGGAGAAGGACCUGAACGAGCUGCAGGCCCUCAUUGAAGCCCACUUUGAGAGCAGGAAGAAGGAGGAAGAGGAGCUCCUGUCCCUCAAGGACAGGAUUGAGCAGCGGCGAGCGGAGCGGGCGGAGCAGCAGCGCAUCCGCAGCGAGCGGGAGAAGGAGCGCCAGGCCCGCAUGGCCGAAGAAAGAGCUCGCAAGGAGGAAGAGGAGGCGAGGAAGAGGGCGGAGGAGGAGGCGCGGAAGAAGAAGGCGUUCUCCAACAUGCUGCACUUUGGGGGUUACAUGCAGAAGUCAGAGAAAAAGGGUGGGAAGAAGCAAACAGAGCGGGAAAAGAAGAAGAAGAUCCUCAGUGAGCGACGGAAGCCCCUGAACAUCGACCACCUCAGCGAGGACAAGCUGAGGGACAAGGCCAAGGAGCUGUGGCAGAACGUUCAUGACCUGGAGGCUGAGAAAUUUGACCUGCAGGAGAAGUUCAAGAGGCAGAAAUAUGAGAUCAAUGUUCUUCGAAACCGCAUCAGUGACCACCAGAAAGUCAAAGGAUCCAAGGGUGCCCGUGGGAAGACCAUGGUGGGCAGCCGACGGAAGUAGAGGCUCAGGGAGAGAGGAGGCCAAGCCUCAGGAGC